AUGAGGCCAAAACUUCCAAAAACGAUUUCAGCAUGGCAGCUGAUGAGCUUUUUACCACCUGGUGCAGUAGACAUCACAUCUGAAUUACACUUCACAAGGACUAGACGUAUGCCCAAUAUAACUCGUCCAGACCAAUUACUUAUUAAGGUUAAAGCAGCAUCGCUAAAUCCUGUCGAUUCUUUGCUUGUCUAUGGUUAUGGUUCUUCUAGCUUUAGUUUAUUACGUCGUUUUACAUCAAACUAUGGUUGCUUUGGUCUACCGGAUGCCACAACAGUAGAAAAUGCUGACUUUCCUUUUACACCUGGUCGUGAUUUUUCUGGUCAAAUAGUUGACAUCGGUUCAGAAGUUGCUUUAUCCAACCUAACCAGGCAAAAUAAACUUGUUAUUGGUACAAAUGUGGCAGGUGCUACAUGGCCUUUUCUCAGUACUACUGGAUCCGGUUCAUUAGCUGAAUAUAUUGUCUGUCCAGCCGAUUACGUCGCUCCAUUACCUAGUAAUGUUUCUUUCAUAUCUGCAGCUGCAUUAGGAUAUGCAGGUUUAACUGCAUGGUCAGCUUUAGUUGAUGCUGGUGGAAUCAACCCUGUUAGUAAGUCAUCACCAUCAGAUUAUUCAAUUCUUAUAACUGGCGCCACUGGUGGUGUUGGCUUGAUUGCAGCACAAUUGGCUAAACUUUGGGGUUGGAGAGUUCAUGUCACAUGUCCAAGUGAUAAAAAGGCAUUAGAUUUAAUGAAUGUUUUACAAGUUGAUGAAAUAUUUCCACAUCCAAUAAAUAUUCAAACUACAAUGAAAUAUGAUUUAAUUCUUGAUUGUAUUCGACCGGAUUAUUUAAAUACAACAACUUCAUUCUCCACUUCAUCUUCAUUGAAUACAUAUAUGAAACAAUACAAUUUAAUUGAUCAUUUAUUACCUCAACUACCAUCUAUGUUAACUUAUUUAAAUACAUCAUCAAAUUAUUCACGUUAUAUAAUGCUUAAUCCACCUUUAUUAUAUUUAAAUGAUAAUUAUGGACCAUUUAUUGGUAGUGGAAUAGCAUGUUCUCAAUUAUUGUUUACUAAUAUAGCAGCUUUAUUCUGUAUAAAUCAUGCUUAUACUAAAAUUGUUAUACCUAAUUUACAUAAAAUACGUUGGGUAUUUUUUAAACCAAAUAAUAAAGUAUUAAAUUAUCUUUUAAAGUUAAUUUCAAAUAACCAAUUAAUAAUCCCUGUAGAUACUGUUUAUAAUUUUAAUCAUGUACCAGAUGCAUUUCAUAGAUUAUAUAAUAAAGGAAAACGUGGUAAACUUGUAAUUGAAGUCAAUAAUUAA